UGCUGGAGGAGAGCUUGUGACACUGCACAUUCUGCCACCAAGCUGCUCAGCAGGUCACACAGUCUUACAGGAUGCUUCACUUGAAAGUCCAGUUUCUGGAUGACUCCCAGAAGACCUUUGUUGUGGAUCAAAAAGCUCCUGGAAAGGAAUUAUUUAACAUGAGUUGCAGCCAUUUAAACCUGACAGAGAAAGAAUACUUUGGGCUGGAAUUGAAAAACAACACAGGAUACAAUGUUUGGCUGGGACUUCUGAAGCCCAUAACCAAACAGGUGAAAAAUCCUAAAGAAACCAUUUUUAAGUUCAUGGUGAAGUUCUUCCCAGUGGACCCGGGGCAACUGCGAGGCGAGUUAACUAGGUAUCUCUUCGCUUUACAAAUAAAGAAAGACUUGGCAUCUGGGAGAUUAUCUUGCAAUGACUACAGUGGUGCCUUAAUGACAUCUUAUAUCCUUCAGGCUGAGUUGGGAGAUUAUGAAGAGGAGGCCACCAAGAAACAUUUGGAACAGAACCAGUACUUGCCAAACCAGGAGUAUCUGGACAACAAGAUCCUUAAAUAUUAUCAGCGACACGUAGGGAAAUCUCCAGCAGAGGCAGACAUGCAGCUGUUAGACAUAGCACGGAAGCUGGACAUGUAUGGAAUCAGACCUCAUCAGGCUAUCGAUGGGGAGAGCAUGCAAAUCAACCUUGCAGUUGCUCACAUGGGAGUCCUGGUGUUACGGGGAAACACUAAAAUAAAUACCUUCAACUGGGCCACUAUCCGAAAACUAAGCUUCAAAAGGAAACAUUUCCUGAUUAAGCUCCAUCCCCAUAUUGAUACCUUAUGCAAGGAUACUCUGGAAUUCACUAUGGUCUCCCGAGAUGCCUGUAAAGUCUUCUGGAAAACCUGUGUGGAAUAUCAUGCUUUCUUUCGUCUUUCUGAAGAGCCUAAGGGUAAACCAAGGCCUUUUCUGUGUAGUAAGGGUUCCAACUUCAGGUACAGGUAA